UGGCCGAUUCAGAAUGACGGGUCGCAUCUGCUGUGCUAGCUAGGUUGAAUUAGCUUUAUUUCUGUAAUUAUAUUCCAGCAGCGAAGCCGUUACUAAAUACAUUCUGUAUGAAUAUUACGUGUCACAAAUUAUGUCCAUUUGAUGUGUUUGUGAAGUAAACGAAGCACUGUAUAUUAUUUUUUUCAUUCGCAGCAGCAGCCGCAGCUUUUAUCGUUGGCAAUCAAAUCAAGUGCAGACAUGUCCUCAGUCAUCGUAGCAAAACGAGAGGGACCACAGUUCAUCAGCGAGGUCGCUGUGAGGGGCAACGCCGCCAUGCUGGACUACUGUCGGACGUCUGUGUCGGCUCUGUCCGGGGCAACAGCGGGCAUCCUUGGGCUCACAGGACUGUAUGGAUUUAUCUUCUAUUUCCUCGCCUCGUUUCUACUCUCCCUUCUUCUAAUCCUCAAGGCCAGUCGCAGGUGGAACAAGUGCUUCAAGUCUCGGAGGAUGCUCUUCACAGGAGGGCUCGUUGGAGGUCUUUUCACCUACGUCCUGUUCUGGACCUUCCUCUACGGAAUGGUGCAUGUGUACUAAUAUAGUUGACCAGAAUGAUUUUGGUUUUAACCCUGAUGUCAGAGAAAUGAAUUGUUAACUGCCCACACACUGUUUGUAGAUAUAGGUGAUUGAUGAAAUAUGUUAGAUUAACUGUUUAUGCAGCUAUUGGAAGUACACUAUAUAUGCAGAAGUAUGUGGACACCCCUUCAAAUUAGUGUAUUUGGCAAUUUCAGCCAUACCCGUUGCUGACAGGUAUACAACUGAGCACACAGCCAUGGAAUCUCCAUAGACAAACAUUAGCAGUAGAAUAGCCUUACUGAAGAGCUCUGUGACUUUAAAUGUAGCUCUGUCAUAGGAUGCCGUCACAUUUCUGCCCUGCUAGAGGUGCCCCGGUCAACUGUAAGUGCUGUUUUUGUGAAGUGGAAACGUCUAGGAGCAACAACCGCUCAGCUGUGAAGUGGUAGGCCACACAAGCUCACAGAACGGGACCGUCGAGUGCUGUAACAUGUCAAAAUCGUCUGCCCUCAGUUGCAACACUCACUACAGAGUUCCAGACUGCCUCCGGAAGCAACAUCAGCACAAACUGUCGGGAGCUUCAUGAAAUGGGUUUCCAUGGCCGAGCAGCUGCA